AUGCCUUCCCAUCAACCCACUGCAGGUCACUUGGCCGUCAAGCCAGAAUAUCUAUCCUCCCAACCCUCGCCCAUGGCAAAGCCAUCUGAGCCAAACCGGAAUUCGAAAUAUGACCCCAAGAAAAUCCACAUCACAGAGACACCCAUCACCAAGUCGAAUUGGUAUAAGCAUGUCAACUGGCUGAACGUCACUUUCAUUGUCGGCAUCCCUUUGACUGGCUGUAUCCUCGCUCUCUCAAAUCCUCUCCAGCUCAAGACUGCCAUCUGGGCUGUUGCCUACUACUUCGCCACCGGUUUGGGAAUUACAGCUGGUUACCACAGACUUUGGGCACAUACUUCAUACUCCGCCACCCUGCCCCUUCGGAUAUUCCUAGCUGCUGUUGGUGGUGGCGCUGUUGAAGGCUCUAUUCGAUGGUGGUCGCGAGAUCACCGAGCCCACCACAGAUAUACCGACACCGAUAAGGACCCCUACUCGGUUCGAAAGGGCUUGCUCUACUCGCAUAUCGGCUGGAUGGUCAUGAAGCAAAACCCAAAGAGAAUUGGUCGAACCGACAUUUCUGACUUGAACGAGGAUCCAGUUGUCAUCUGGCAACACAAGCACUACAUCAAGGUUGUUUUGUUCAUGGGAUUGAUCUUUCCAACUCUCGUGGCCGGUCUUGGCUGGGGUGACUGGAUGGGCGGCUUCAUCUAUGCUGGCAUUCUUCGAAUCUUCUUCGUCCAACAAGCCACAUUCUGUGUUAACUCUUUGGCCCACUGGCUCGGCGAUCAACCAUUCGAUGAUCGCAAUUCACCUCGCGAUCACGUCAUCACCGCACUUGUGACCCUGGGUGAGGGAUACCAUAACUUCCAUCAUGAGUUCCCCUCCGACUAUCGAAAUGCCAUUGAGUGGCAUCAAUAUGAUCCAACCAAAUGGUCUAUCUGGACCUGGAAGCAACUUGGUCUCGCCUACGACUUGAAGCAAUUCCGCAGCAACGAAAUCGAAAAGGGUCGUCUCCAACAACUCCAGAAGAAGCUCGAUCAGAAGCGUUCCAAGUUGGAUUGGGGUGUUCCUCUGGAUCAGCUCCCAGUCAUGGAAUGGGAUGACUACGUGGACCAGGCCAAGAACGGACGUGGUUUGGUUGCAAUUGCUGGUAUCGUUCACGAUGUUACCGACUUCAUCAAGGAUCACCCCGGUGGCAAGGCCAUGAUCAGCUCUGCUCUCGGCAAGGAUGGUACUGCCAUGUUCAAUGGCGGUGUCUAUCUGCACAGCAAUGCUGCUCACAACUUGCUUUCAACCAUGAGAGUGGGUGUUAUUCGUGGUGGCUGCGAGGUUGAGAUCUGGAAGCGAUCUCAGAACGAGGCCAAGGGUGAGGUACCCAGAGAUAGCUCUGGAGAGCGGAUUGUGCGUGCUGGUUACCAAGCUACCAAGGUUAUCCAGAACGUACCUACAGCUGGUGCCGCUUGA